AUGGGGACCCCCGAUGUGGAAAGAGCCUACGAAGGGGAGGACCUUUUCCGUGGUUGCUUCACGGGAGUUGAAGAUGCUGCCGACCCUAGUGAUGAAUUGAGUCUCUUUGAUGAGGCUCAACGACUUCUGAGUCGGGCAUUGACACUUCUUCGGGAAGCAUUUUCUAAAUCCCAAGCAGAGCUGAGCCGAUGCGAGGCCGAUCUUCAAAGGCUCACGGAGGAGAGAAAUGCCCUCAAACUUCUCAACGGACGAAAAGAAGAUGAGAUCAAGGACCUCCGAGCCGAAUUGGCCACGGCUCAUAAAGAACAGACCGACCUGAUUGAGCAGCAGAAGGCAGAAAAGAUCGAACAGCUCCGUGAGAAGGCCAACAUAAUGAGGGCGGAGACUUUGGGGUGGAAACAAAACAUGGAUCAUCUUGCCUUGGAGAAAGAUACUGCUCGAGCCCAACUGUCAUCGACCGAACGUCAGCUCCAAAGUAUGAAGGAGGAAAUCUUGGCCCGAGCCAAGAAAAUUGAGGAGCUCGAGGCUCGAUUGGCCGCUGAACUUGCAAAGGAAGUUGCUGACACCGCUCAGAGUCGAUCAUACUGGGCUGCCGAGCAUGGCAAGUACCAAUCUCUAAGAGAGACUCUCAAGGAGAUUCAUGCUCGUGGCUUUAACCUUGUUGUCGAGAUCGACAACGACAACGCGAAAGAGCUCGAGGCCGAAGCCAAAGCGUUGCUCUCUUUCGAUGCGUAG